AUGCUAUUCGGGCACUCAUUAUCCUUGGGCGAUACUCAAUAUGCCUUCUUGCUCCUCUCAGGCGUGUCACUUAUCGUGUGCUUGCACAUCGCUCGAUCCUUGAACUCUGGACCACCGGCACGGCAUCCUCCUGGACCACGUCCUCAUCCGCUCGUCGGCCAUACGCUUCAAGUACCGACCAUACAGACGUGGAAGUACUUCGAAAGACUUUCUCAUCAAUAUGGGCCCAUCGUCCGACUAUCCUUAGCUGGAGACAACGUAGUUGUGUUGAGUGAUCCUAGGGAUGCUGAAGAGCUGCUGGGACGUCGCUUGCACAACUACUCGUCACGCCCACAACUCAUCUAUGCUGGGAAGUAUCAGUCGAAUAAUCAGCGGAUGGUCCUUCUGCCUUACGGCGAAGUGCUCAAACGUCAGAGAUCCGCCUUUCACCAGAUGCUCCAGCCCUGCGUCGUCGGUGCCUACGAAGACAUGCAAGAAACAGAAUCUCUUCAGCCUCUCCACGACCUUGUCUCGUUGCCCGAAGACGCGUUCAAGCACUGUGGUCGCUUUGCCGCCUCCCUCGUAUUCACGCUGAGCUACGGCGAACGUCUCAAGUCUGACGGGAAGGAUCUAGAAGCUGUCCAAAUCUUGAUAUCCUUGCAGCUGUAUACCUGUUUGUCAGGCGACGUCAAGGCACGCAUGCGUCGAGAUAUCGGAACGGAGUGCUUCUCUGCUCGGCUGUGGGAACAGCAGGAGAAGAUGAAACUUUCUGACGAGGAGCUGUCUUACGUCGCUGGCUCUGCGUUCGAAGCUGGUAUGGAUACCACGACGGGCACGGUCCUCUGGUUUCUCAUGGUAGCCUUGCUCUUCCCUGAAACUGUCAAGAGGGCGCAAGCCGAAAUUGACUCUGCAGUCGACGAAGACACCGUGCCUGGAUUCGCGGUUUACCGAGAACUUCCGUACUGUGCUGCAUUCAUGAAGGAGCUUUUCAGAUGGGCGCCUGCGGCGCUUGGUGGUUUCCCACAUGUCGCAGAUGCGGAUGACGAGUAUCAAGGCUUCGAGAUACGCAAAGGCACGAUGGUUAUUCCAUGCAUCUGGAAUAUGCAUCACAAUGAAAAGGAGUUCCCGGAAUCAUACACGUUCAAUCCAUCACGAUUUCUGAGCUCCGACUUGUCGACUGGGGAGGAGCAUGUGUUUGAUCUCACUGAAGGGCACUACGGGUUCGGAUUUGGGAGGCGAGUGUGCCCCGGCAAAUACAUGGCAACGAAGACGAUCUGGAUCGCAGUCGUGCGCAUCCUUUGGGCGUUCAAUCUCGAGUUGCCUGAGAACGCAGAUUUACCCAAGCCAGAGUGUUGCACUUCGGGAAUGACGUCAAAACCCCUUGAUUUUCCAAUCCGCAUCACCGCGAGAAGCGCGGCGAGGUUGAUGGCUAUAAGACGGGAGUUUCUCGCGGCUGUUCAGAAUUGAUGGUUUCGAGGAGGAUCUAUCUAUAUCCAUCUUUGACAAAUCCAGUAGUGUACUUUUUGAAUUCUAUCUCUGAUCUGUUUAUUCUUGGUA